CUCUUCGUUCUUCUGUCAUUGGACGAAUACUGUGCGUGGUGCAAUGGCAAUGUAUUUUGUGACGCUUGGGUUCGUGGUGUACCUGCAGCCCUUUAACACUUUCCGAACACUCCUGUCAGGCGGAGGAGUCUCUGUAGAUGAUAUGCACCCAGUGUCCGGGAGAUGUGAAAAAUUUGUCCAGAGUAGCUGCUUACUGUGAGGCUACAUCGAAGCUAAUGCAGGCCCGAUGCUGUCUAAAUCAAAAGGGCACCAUCUUGGGCAUCUGAGAAGCUGAGGCAGAAGGAUGGUCACAAGGUUGAGACCAACAUGGGCUGUAAGAGUGAGACCACAUCUCAAAACAGUCAGCUGUGUGUGGUGGCCUUUAACCCCAGGACUCAGAGGUGGAAGAAACGAAGGUGGAUCUCUGAGUUUGGUGCCAACCUGGCCUACAGAGCUAGAUCUCCAGAACUGUUCACUGAAGGAUCCCGGUACAAACUUUUUUCAGGCUUCUACUGCUGUUAUAAUAGACCUUCAAGCAAAUCCUCUCAAGGAUGAUUUGGCGAGCACCUUCCGUGGUUUUACUCAGCUCCAGACUCUGAUACUACCACAGGAUGUCACCUGUCCUGGAGGUGUUCAUGCCUGGGACAGUGUUACCUCUUUCACGGACAAGCAGAUUUGCCAGGGGCAAAAGGACCUUUGCAAUAGCACUGGAAGCCCAGUCUCAGAAACGUGUCCUGAGAAUGGGUCUUGUGCGUCUGAUGGCCCUGGCCUUUUGCAGUGCCUUUGUGCAGAUGGUUUCCAUGGAUACAAGUGUACGAGGCAGGGCUCCUUUCCACUGCUUAUGUUCUUUGGGAUUCUGGGAUCCACCACGCUAGCCAUCUCCAUUCUCCUUUGGGGGACCCAGCGCCGAAAGGCCAAGGCUUCAUGAACCACAAAGGGCUUCCUGCCCACUUGAGAGCACCCUGAUUUAUCGAGUCCCUGCCAAGAAGAUUUGCUUCGUUGACAGACAUUACCGGCCAGCGAGUGGCUCCUGCUCGAGGCUGAACCGGCUAGAGAAUGAAAGAUGUCACUAGGGGCCACUAGUGGACCCACUGGUCCAGAGUGGACGAGUACUAGUCUGUAUUAUUGGCUACAAUAAACACUUUUCCCCGGUUGUUCUAGG